UAAAUGAUACCUGUUUAUAUAAUUUGACCAGUAAGAGUUUGAUAUUUUAAGGGAAACAUAAAGCUGUGCGUUUUAGCGAAAACAUCUUGACAUCUCAACGGUGUCUAGUGCUAUGAUACAAGUGCAGCUCUCGUCUCAGCUCUCCUCCGCCCCACCUCGCCUACUCUCUCUCAAUCGCAAAAUUAAGAUUAAUCUUCCUCGUAAACUUCUCUGUCCAAUCUCUGUACACUCCCCUUCCUCACCACUUUCUUCAAAUCAUGAUCUCCACGUGAACACCAUAACCACACGCGCCUCUCUGAAUACAGUACUACCACCAACAACAACGGCUCCGCCUUAACUUCUUGAACUGCCGAUUCUGGUCGAAUUGGAGAAGUGAAGAGAGUGACAAAAGAGACCGAUGUUUUUGUUAAGAUUAACUUGGACGGUUCCGGAGUUGCCGACUCCACCACUGGCAUUCCCUUUCUAGAGCACAUGCUUUUUGACGUGCGCGUGAGGGCAACUGGAGACGUUCGCAUUGAUGAUCCUCACACGAAUGAAGAUGUUGCGCUUGCCAUUGGAACUGCAUUAUUGCAAGCCCUUGAUAGGAAAGGAAUGAACCAGUUUAUGGACUUUUCAGCACCUCUUGAUGAAGCAUUAAUACAUGUUUCAUUGGAUUUAUCUGGGAGAUCACAUGUAAGUUAUGAUUUGCAAAUUCCUACGGAGACAGUUGGAACAUAUGAUACUCAGCUUGCUGGGAAAAAUUCUCACCAUAUUAUUGAGGCAACCUUCAAAGCUUUUGCAAGGGCUCUUUGGCUGGCAACCGAGGAAGACCCACAACACCAUGAUACCAUACCAAGGUGUAAUUGAGAUUAAAUUUUAUCAAUUUUGAAUGCAUAAUGUUUCAUGUUAAAAAGUUCUGAAGUUGAUUAUAAAGACAGCUACAGUUGUACUGCAAUAGUAUCAUUAUUUGGCAGAAGACAUUGUUGAGUUCUUCAUGUCAGGGGUAUAUUCCUGCUGCAAAACAGCUUUUUCCUGCUACUUCUGAUUACAUCUUCAGAUAUGCUUUCUCAUUAUUAAAAACUCUACUAAUCGUUGAUACAAUGAGGGUGUCUUUGAACUUUCACUUUCAUGACAUCAAAUAUUGUAGCCAUUGACCAUAAGAUUGUAGUCCAAAUUUCUUUUGUCUUGGGCAUCAUUAGACAGCUGAAUGCAUAGCAGAGUUGUUAUUAUUCAUUAUGAGGGUUCUUCACAGUAUCCUCAUGAACUGAUGAAUUAUAUAUUGUUACAGAAAUGUGAUGUACAGUCAAAGGUCAUGUUACUCCUGUUGGCUUCAUCAAUAUUUUUUAGCCUGUACCACAAAGAAAAUUUUAACGUGUAGAACUUUAUUUCUAUUAUAUUGGUUAACUAGAGAUUGAAGCACUAA